CAUACACUCAAUCAAUACGCGCGUAUUUUGUGUAAAAGAAAACAAAAAGAAAAAAAAAAAAAGGAAAAAGCAAAAAAAAAUAUAUAUACUACCAGACAUCCGUUUCAAUUAAAAUUUCGUUCGAUUAUAAAUAAAGUGACGUUAUUCGAUAGUUUGCAGUACGACGAGUAAUUAACGGUGGUGGAAGGGAAUUUGAAAAGGAACACACAAAAAAACAAAAGCAGAAAAAAUUAAUAUAAUUAGAAAAAUUCAAUCGAUUAAAUAUUGUUUUGAUUUGAUGACUAACACGACAAUGAAGAUUUGUCGAUUAUACGUUUUUUUAAUUUUCGCUAGUAUCUUCGUUGCAUCGGAUAAAGUACGUUACGAUGGUUUUAAAGUUUAUAAAAUAUCGGUUGACAACAAGGACAAUUUAAAUACAUUGACGAGUAUGGAGGAAGAGGAAGAAGACGUGGGUUAUCAAUUUUUAAAUUAUCCGAGAAUGAACGAUUCAUCGUUGCUCGUAGUUCCACCAGAAAAAAUUCAAGAAUUUGAGAAAAUUGUUAACAAUAAGAAAAUGACUGCCACGUUGAUGAUGGACAAUCUUCAACGUUACAUCGACGAAGAAAAUCCUAACGUCGAUGGUAGAUCCAAUUUUGAUUGGACAGCUUAUCAUAAGUUGAACGUGAUAUAUCAAUGGAUGGAAAGUCUCGCACAAGAUUAUCCAAAAAUUGUUAGUACACUGGACGCAGGAAUAAGUACACUUGGUACCCCUAUAAAAGGUUUCAAACUUCGAUUCAAUCCGAAUAAAAAUAGUUCGAUUUUUUUGGAAAGUGGUAUUCAUGCAAGGGAAUGGAUUUCGGUUGCAACAACUACAUACAUAGCAAACGAAUUAAUAUUUAGCAAAGAUCCUGUUGUGAGAACUUUAGCCGAGUCUUACGUUUGGUAUAUAUUUCCUGUUUUCAAUCCGGACGGAUACGAAUAUACACAUUCUACGAAUCGAUUGUGGAGAAAGAAUUUGAAACAAUCCACGUGGAGAUGCAAAGGAGUUGAUCUUAAUCGUAAUUGGGAUUUUCAUUGGGCAGAAAUCGGUACCAGUCCGUAUCCCUGUUCCGAAAUUUAUGCAGGACCAAGUGCAUUUUCUGAAAUCGAAACUAAAUCAAUGUCAACAUUUAUAAAGAGUAUACCAGAAAAAUUGACGGCUUAUCUAGCGUUCCAUAGUUACAGUCAAUUGUUGCUUAUACCGUUCGGUCAUAGCAAUAAGAGAAUCGACAAUUACGAUGACCUUAUGGAAAUAGGAAGGUUUUCCGUCAAGGCUUUGGCUAAUAGAUACGGUACCAAUUACACCGUUGGAAAUAUUGUCGAUGUUAUUUAUCCAGCAGCAGGUGGUUCAAUGGAUUGGGUACGUUCCACUAUUGUUCCUCCUAUAACUUACACAUACGAGCUUCGUGAUAAAGGUCGAUAUGCAUUUUUAUUACCAUCAAAUCAAAUAAUACCUACUGGAGAAGAAACUAUGGAUUCAUUGAUCGGAAUGUUUCAAAAAGCAUCGGAUCUUGGAUACUGAUAUCACUAUCAUAAUACUUUAUUCAUUAUCCUUCUUAUAAUUUUUAUUUAUUAUAAUUCAUUUUGUUUA